GUGUAUAGAGUGGUAAAUUAAUAGCAUAAUGUGGUAUUUUUAUUAUAAUAAGGCAGUAAUAUGACAUUUUGAAUUCUGCAAUACUGCUUGAUACAUCUGUUAUCACUUAUGUCCAAUAUUAUCAAAUUACAAUUUGUAAAUAAGUCAAUUGAAGCUUUUAAGAAAAAUUUAAGUAUAUUAAAUAUUUUGUAUAAAAUUAAAAAUGGUGAAAAUUUCACUUCAAAUUAAAGCAAAUUUAGAGAAUGUGACUGAUUUAAUCCCAGAAGGCAGAGACUUCCGAUGGUAUUUAAAGUUCCAGUGUACAAAUUGUGGUCAGGAAUCAGAAAAAUGGAUUUAUUUGUCUGAAGAUGAAAAGGUUCCUAUAAAAGGUAGUAGAGGAGAAGCUAAUCUUGUUACUAAGUGCAAGAUGUGUUCUAGAGAAAGUUCAGUUGGUAAAAAACAUUGUAAUUUAUCUAAAAAGAUUUAUUUUUUUUAUUUAUGGCUUUGUAUAUUUUUAGAUAUUAUAUCUGAAUCAGUAUCAAUGUACACUGUAGACGAUUCAAAUACAUUUAAAACCAUUGUGACAUUUGAUUGUCGUGGCACUUCAUCAAUAGAUUUUUCACCGAGAAACGGUUUUAAAUGCCGUGGUAUUGAAAGUAAUACACAAUUUCAGGAUAUUAAUUUAGAGGAAAAAGAAUGGGUGGACUAUGAUGAAAAAGAAGGACAACCAGUUGGAAUUUAUGACUUUGAACAUCAAUUUAUAAACACUAAAUAAAAUAUUUGUUUUAUUUACAAUAUAAAUGUAUAGGUCAAUCACUCAGUGUGCGUUUUAAAUAUAAGUUUAAAAGCAAGUAUUUCAAUAAUUAUUGAUGAUUGGUAAAAAAAAGGAACUUGGAAAAUAAAAUAUAUAAAUAGUCAAAGACAACUACAAAUAAAAUGUGAUUGUUUUUUA